GCGCCAGUUUGAAGUAAACUCCUUCUCUGGAUGUGCAACAUUUUCUUCUUCUAUUAAAAAAAAAAUUACAAUUAUUUAAUCCCUCAAAUUUUAAAUAAAAAAGCGAAAUUAAUAACAAAACAAAAUUAUCAAAUUAAUAGCCUUUAAAAAUUGUAAAAAAAAAAAAUAUAUUUUUCGAAAAAAAAGCUUGUGCCAGUUGUGAAUAAAAUCAACAUGUGUAUCAUCAUUGAUUCCCACGAGCAAGAAAGGUGCAGCUACUGUGUAGGAAGUUAAAUAAAAUUAUAAAAAAAAAAUUUAUUGGAAAUGCUGCACUGUCAUAAAUCUGGAUCACAUAAAAACCAAGUCAAAUUGUGAAAUGAUAAAUGACAAAUAAUAAAAAUAAAUUGAUUCUAAUGACAAUUAGCACGAAUGUGAAAUCACGCAUAAAAAUAAGUAGAUAUAUAUAAAUAAAUAUUUAAACCGAUGACCAUUACCUGUCUUUUUUUAUACACAUUAAAAUUUUUAUCUAAUUAAUAGCCAUUAGCCAGAGCUACCGAUCAGCAAACACGUAGGAGUCAUCGUGUGGCCUUUUUUGAUAACACCUAAAUUUACAUUAUCAUUAUUUGAUUUAUUUAUUUAAUUUUUUUUCAAAUAAAUUAAAUUAUUUACUUUAUAAUUACUAUCAUUUUUUAAUACCACCAUCUUUUUUAUAUUUUUAUUAUUAUUUUAAAUAAUAUAAAAAAAAAUAUUUUCUUGUUAUUUUUUUAUGUCAGAUUUAUCGUGAUAAUCGAAUCGAACAUCGUUAGGCACUCCAAUUUUAUUGACUCAAAAAAAAAAAAAGGGAAAGAUAAUACAAAAAAAGAUACGUCUAAAAGAAAAGGGAAUCGUUUAUUCUCAGAUGCCGAUAUAAUAACUGAGUUUUUUGUAAGUUUUUUUUUUUUUUUUUUUGUGACAAGGUCAAAUAUCAAGGAGCUUUUUUCCCAAACUAGCUACACUAAAAAAAAUAAAGAUAAAUAUAACAUUUGUAUAAUUAUCAUCUGUUUGAUCUAUUAAAUAGAAAUAGAGAAAAAAAAAAAAAUAAUUUAUAUAUAUUUUUCUAAGUCAUCCUGAAGCUUGUUAUAAAUUAACAAAAAAAGUUUCACCUAGUUUUUUGAAUAUUUAAAUAAUAUUAUAGUAAAAUAAUUGAAAUAUAAAUAUGAGAGAAUGAAAAAUAAUUUGUUUAAUUGAAUUGAUUAUUAAUUUUAAUUGGUAAAAAGAAAAAAAAUAAAUAUAUUAAACUGAUUGGUCGACUUCAGAGGCGUCAUACGACGCCAGUAUUAGUUGGUGGUGUUGGUGGUGGUGAGGUAUCAUCAUCAUCAUCAAAAAUGAGUCCAAAAGGACAAACUCAAGAUGUACCAAAAAUGGAAGUACGUGUAUCAUGUAUAACAACACCUGGUGCUGAACCACAAGGUAUACGUGUUAAAAUACCAGAACCUAAAAAACGUCCAAUAAGUCCAAUAACAUGUAAAACAACAACAUUAAUACGUACAAGAUGUCCUUCAAUGAGUGAAAAAGAUUAUUAUAAAAAAACACCAUCAUUUGAUCGUCGUGAUAGAUAUACAACAUUAUCUGGUGCUGAAAUAAAACAGCUAUCAUCAAUAAAUGAUGAUAAUAAUAUAUUUAAUAAUACAAGACAUAAAAGACAUUUAAUGUUUGAUAGAAAAAAUCGUUUUCCAACAUUAACUGGUACAGAAUUUAAAAAAACAUUAAAAAUUGGUAAAUGUCCACUUGAAGAUGGUUUGGAUCUUAGUUUGGCACCUUGGCCUGGUAUGAAAUGGACAUGUGUCAGGGUAUUACAUCUUUAUUGUAAAAUAUUUGAUCAAAUUGGACUAUUUGAAUUAAUUGUUAGAAAAAAUUGUACGAGUUGCAAGUGUCCAAAGGAAUCUCACGAUGUGUGUCACGAAGAGUGGGUGUCAGUUCGAGCAAGAUUGGGCCUAAAAGGUGAGGGACCAAACAAUCAUGUUGGUCUUGAUCCACGUGAAAGAGGCUUGGCAUGGGCACCACCAGGUCUAUCACCAAACAAGGUGGAUGAGUAUUUUUCAUUAUUACCAGAAAUAUCAGUUCCACGACUUGGUACACCUGGUGAACGUUAUCGUGAUCGUCAAUUAUCAACUCAAUUACCAAAACAAGAUCUUGCAAGAGCAUAUUGUCGACAUUUAGAUACAAAAAAUUCAGCAAGUGCUGAUGAUUUUAUGGCAGCUAGAAAUGAAAUUGCACUUGAUAUUGGUAGUGUACAAGAAAUAUGUGAAAGAAAUCAGGAAUGUGCAGAGUGUCAUGAAUCAUUAAAAUAUGGUAGCCUUGGUGUUAUUGCUAGUAAACUUGGACAAUUUUAUCAUCCAUCAUGUUUUAAAUGUACAUGCUGUAAAGAACUUCUUGUUGAUCUUGCUUACUGUGUUCAUGAUGAUUUACUUUACUGUGAAAGACAUUAUGCAGAACAACUCAAACCAAGAUGUGCUGCAUGUGAUGAGUUAAUUUUCAGUGGGGAAUACACAAAAGCAAUGAACAAGGAUUGGCACAGCGGUCAUUUUUGUUGUUGGCAGUGCGACGAGUCGCUGACCGGUCAACGUUAUGUACUGAGAGACGAACAUCCUUAUUGCAUAAAUUGCUACGAAAGUGUCUUUGCCAACAAUUGCGAGGAGUGCGGCAAGAUCAUAGGCAUAGACUCCAAGGAUCUAUCUUACAAGGACAAGCAUUGGCACGAGGCAUGCUUCCUUUGCUUCAAGUGCAGAGUUUCACUGGUAGAAAAACAAUUUGGAAGCAAGGGAGACAAAAUUUAUUGCGGCAAUUGUUACGAUACCCAAUUUGCAAGUCGUUGCGAUGGUUGCGGCGAAAUUUUCCGUGCUGGCACGAAAAAGAUGGAAUACAAGACGAGACAAUGGCACGAAAAAUGCUUUUGUUGCGUUGUAUGCAAAAAUGCCAUUGGAUUGAAAAGCUUCAUACCACGUGAACAAGAAAUAUACUGUGCUGGUUGUUAUGAGGAUAAAUUUGCAACUCGUUGUAUCAAAUGUAACAAGAUUAUAACAAGUGGUGGUGUUACAUAUAAAAAUGAUCCAUGGCAUAGAGAAUGUUUUACUUGUACAAAUUGUGACAAUUGUUUGGCUGGUCAACGUUUUACAUCAAGAGAUGAAAAACCAUAUUGUGCUGAGUGCUUUGGUGAAUUAUUUGCCAAAAGAUGUACCUCAUGCACCAAGCCAAUAACUGGCAUUGGUGGCACACGUUUUAUUUCAUUUGAGGAUAGACAUUGGCACAAUGAUUGUUUCAUUUGUGCUGGAUGUAAAAGUUCACUUGUUGGUCGUGGAUUUAUAACUGAUGCUGAUGAUAUUAUUUGUCCAGAGUGCGCCAAGGUAAAACUCACAACAGAAUAAGUCAAAAAGAGAACAAGAGAGCGAGAGAGAGAAGAGAGAUAAAAUUAAAAAACAACGAUUAAUGAAAAGAUAAAAUAUGAUAACGAAUCAAAAAGAAAAUAUAGCGAGAGUAAAUAAAAGAGAUGGAAUUAUUAAUAAUAAUAAUUUAAAAAUAAAUGGUUGUCAAUUUAAAAUAUUUAUAAUCUCGCUACGAUUUAAACAGCCAUAAUAAAAGAAAAAAAAAAAAAAAACAAUUAUCCUCACAAUCAUUUUACAUAGUACACUUUAGUUUUUAUUAUUAUUUUUUUUUUUUGGUCAUGAAGAGUUUUUAAAAUUACAUUUUUAUUUAAUACAUUGAAAGUAUUGUUUUUAUUUUUUUUUUUUAAAUCGUAGCGAUAUUAGUCAUUUAUUAAUUGUAAUAGUCAUUUUUAAUUUCGACUUUCUAUAUAAUGUUUUAGGUGUGUAAUUUCUUUAUAAUUAUUACAACGAGUCUGAAUGAAUUAAUCUUAAAAAAAAAUGUCUCAAAGAAUAACUCAAAUUCAUUCAGGCUCAAAAAUUGUGUAUGAAAUAAAAAAAAAAAAGGAAAAAGAAAAAAAAAAUGUUUAAAAUAUAAUCAUAAUAAAAAUAAUAUAAAUAAAAUUAUUUGUCAUAUAUUGUAACUUGAUAUCAUGAUGGGAACAACCCGCAGAUGCCUUAAAUAUUAUCAACGAAUAAUUGAAUUUCAUUUAUAUAUUAAUUCAUAUAUUGUGUUUAAUUAAACAAAAACAAAAAUACGAUCAAGUCGAUGAGAGCAAACAAUGUGUUAUUAAUUUUAUUAUUCCUUUUUUUUUUUAUUUAAAUAAUACUAGAAAUUAAUUGCUGCUACUAAUAUUUGUCAUUGUUAAUUUUUAUAUUUUUAAAAAUCGAAAUGAUGGAAAAAAAAAUCGAAAUUUUUGAUUGUUAUUAUUUUUUAUUAUUUCAAAAUGUUUUGAAUUAUUAUUUUGUGCAGUUGAAUAUUAUUUUAAAAGUUACUUUUUUAUAGUGUGCACUCAUCGAUGCACGUCAUCAAAAAAAAAAAUGAUAAAUAUAUUGACAAAAAGGUGCUGUAUUAAUCAUCGAAAUACAAGUGAUUUUAAUUUAAUUAUAUUAUUUUUAAAUGAAAA